AUGCCUGACAAGGUCCUCGACGACAUCUCCCACCGGAGGUAUAACCCGCUCACAGACAGCUGGCUGCUCGUCUCCCCACACCGGACAAAGCGCCCAUGGCAAGGUCAGCAGGAAGCAGCUGUGGAAAGCGAGCUUCCAGAGUACGAUCCCAAGGUUGGUCCAAUCUACCACCCCCUCACAUAUAUGUGCCACACCACUCACAUGAACCAGUGCUACCUCUGCCCUGGGAACUCUCGCGCAGCAGGAGAUCGCAAUCCCCAGUAUGAAAAGACAUUUGCAUUUGUAAACGACUACAGCGCUGUCAAGGAGCAGCAGCCUGACUAUGAGAACAACCCCUCAUCCGACGAUCCUGAGUCUUGGCUCUUGCAAGCCCAAGGUGUCAAGGGCGUCUGCUACGUCCUCACCUUCUCCCCCAAGCACCACCUGACACUGGCCGACUUGCCCGGAAAGGACAUCCUCCCCAUCAUUGAGCACUGGACCCGCAUCUACGCCAACCACCUCUCCGCCGCCAGCCCGCUCGCCAAGCUCGCCCAAGGGCUCGACAUCUCCCUGGACGCCCCCGUGCCCAAGGACGAGUACCGCUACAUGCAGAUCUUCGAGAACAAGGGCGCCGCCAUGGGCUGCUCGAACCCCCACCCCCACUGCCAGGUCUGGACCACCUCCACCCUCCCCGAGGAGCCGGGCAAGGAGCUGCGGCAGAUGGCCAAGUACCGCUCCUCCCACGGCGGGCGGCACCUCCUGCAGGACUACGUCGAGCUCGAGCUGAGGAAGGGCGAGCGCGUCGUCUGGCACAACGACACCUUCGCCGUCGUCUGCCCCUGGUGGGCCAUCUGGCCCUUCGAGGUCGUCGUCAUCGCCAGGCGCCACCUCCGCUCCCUCGUCGACCUCUCGCCCGCCCAGCGGCUCCACCUCGCCGAGGCCAUCCAGGAGGUCGCGCGGCGCUACGACAACCUCUUCGGCACCAGCUUCCCCUACAGCUCCGGCCUGCACCAGGCCCCGCUCGCCGGGUCCGAGGAGGAGGUCGAGAGCUCGUACCUGCACAUGCACUUUUACCCGCCGCUGCUGCGGUCCGCGACGGUGAGGAAGUUCCUGGUCGGGUACGAGCUCAUGGCUGAGCCGCAGCGGGACAUCACGCCCGAGCAGGCGGCGGCCCGGCUGAGGGACUGCGGUGGGCCACUGUACCGUGCCAAGGUCGCAUGA